UCACUGGAGGGAUUCCUGGAGAAGCUGCAGUGUGGUGAUGCUCGGCAGGCUGCACAGCCCCCAGUGUCUCUCCUCCUCCUCCGCCCAGCCAGCAGCAGCAGCUGAAACUUAACACCCAACACAAAGCGAGCCCCACUAGAGCAGGGGGCUAUACAGACCUGCCGGUGGAUGUGGGAGGCUGCCACACACACCCACCCACCUUUUUGUAUUGCCGUCUCCUCCCAUGAGAGGCAGAGAGAGCGUGUGUGGUUCCUACUAGACAAGGAGGCGAGAGCACUGAAGGACAAACAGACUCCUCCUGCCCUGGUUGCCAGUGAAAAAGAAAAGGGAGCUUGAGCAGUGAAGAAUCUAGAACCUGACCGGUACAUAUGUCACUCAAGAUUUCCCUGUGAAUAGAAAACUGCAUUGAUGCCGAUCAUAUAAGAAACCUGGACUCCUGAACGAAGAAAAGAGUUGAUCACAGAAUCUGUAUUCUGAACAAUUGCAGCCCAUCUAUAUUUGUGGCCUUGCCUGUAGAGAGCUGCUGGACUGCAACAGAGAGCUCCUGCAGUGACAGAAGGGUGUCCAGGAACUGCUGUUCCUCACCAGUCAGACGGGGUAACCCCUGGUCCAGCUCCUCUAUUGCCAGUACAUCACAGGCAUCAGCUGUUUCCCUGGGAACGAAAAUGGUGAGUGAAAGUCGUCACGAGGCCCUGGCUGCACCACCAGCCACCACCAUUGCAGCUUCGCUGCCAAUUAAUGUCACAGAACCAGCCAGUCCUGGAGCAGGAGGUGGAAAAGAAGAUGCAUUUUCAAAGUUAAAGGAGAAGUUUAUGAAUGAACUGAAUAAAAUUCCAUUGCCACCUUGGGCCUUAAUAGCCAUAGCCAUAGUUGCAGUCCUAUUAAUCCUUACCUGCUGCUUUUGUCUCUGUAAGAAAUGCUUGUUCAAAAAGAAGAACAAGAAGAAGGGAAAGGAAAAGGGAGGGAAGAACGCUAUUAACAUGAAAGAUGUUAAAGAUUUAGGGAAGACCAUGAAAGACCAGGCCCUUAAGGAUGAUGAUGCUGAGACUGGACUGACUGAUGGGGAAGAUAAAGAAGAACCCAAAGAAGAGGAAAAACUAGGGAAAAUCCAAUAUUCUUUGGAUUAUGACUUCCAGAACAAUCAGCUUUUGGUAGGGAUUAUUCAGGCAGCUGAGCUCCCUGCUUUAGAUAUGGGUGGAACAUCUGAUCCCUAUGUGAAAGUUUUCCUGCUGCCUGAUAAGAAGAAGAAAUAUGAAACAAAAGUCCACAGAAAGACCCUUAACCCUGUCUUCAAUGAGCAAUUUACGUUCAAGGUGCCGUACUCCGAACUGGGUGGAAAAACCUUAGUGAUGGCAGUAUACGACUUUGAUCGUUUCUCCAAACAUGAUAUCAUUGGGGAAUAUAAGGUGGCCAUGAACACAGUGGACUUUGGUCAUGUGACUGAGGAGUGGCGGGAUUUGCAAAGUGCUGAGAAGGAAGAGCAAGAGAAGUUGGGUGAUAUCUGCUUUUCCCUCCGCUAUGUGCCUACUGCUGGCAAGCUGACUGUCGUCAUUCUAGAGGCAAAGAAUCUGAAGAAGAUGGACGUGGGUGGCUUAUCAGAUCCCUAUGUGAAAAUCCAUCUGAUGCAGAAUGGUAAGAGACUGAAGAAGAAAAAGACAACAAUUAAAAAGAACACUCUGAACCCCUACUACAAUGAAUCGUUCAGCUUUGAGGUACCCUUCGAGCAAAUCCAGAAAGUGCAAGUUGUUGUGACUGUUUUGGACUAUGACAAGAUUGGCAAGAAUGAUGCUAUCGGCAAAGUCUUUGUGGGCUACAACAGCACUGGUGCAGAGCUACGACACUGGUCAGACAUGCUGGCCAACCCAAGGCGACCCAUUGCACAGUGGCACACCUUACAGGUUGAGGAAGAGGUAGACGCCAUGCUUGCAGUCAAGAAGUAAACAAAAAACAAAAGAUGAAAAAGAAGCCUUUCUGCAUUUGCCCACAUAGUGCUCUUUAGCCAGUAUCUGUAAAUACCUCAGUAAUAUGGGUCCUUUCAUUUCCAGCCAUGCGUCCUAACACAGAUGAGUGGUACUUAAAAUCCUGUUUUGAUUUGCACAACGUUUAAUGUAGAGAGCCCUCCAAAGGCCUUUCAUUUCACCACUGCCCCCCAGAUCUACUCUUCUUUUAAGCAAUAUGAUGUGUAGAUAGAGCAUGACAGAAAUUAUUUAUUGUAUCACACAGGUGUAUAUACCAGUAUGCUGAGAAUUUAUUUCUAGUUUGUGUAUUUGUAUGUUGUAAACGUUUCCUAAUCUGUGUAUAUCUAGAUGUUUUUAAUAAGAUGUUCUAUUUUAAAUUAUGUAAAUUGACUGAGAUAUAGGAGAGCUGAUAAUAUAUUAUAGGGUAACUAUUGUAUCGUCUGCAUUCCAGCAAAAAUUCCAACUUGUAAGGCACUAGUAGUGUUACACUGACAUAUUAAAGGACAACUUAAAUCUGAGCUUUCAAGUGAACCAUUUAAAAUAACAAGAUAUGCCUACGCAGUACACCUUGGAGGGGUGAAUCCAAUUUUGUAGACUUCUUUGUCACAGGCAACUUAGCAUGAUCUGAGCAGCUCCAUGGCUGACCUCAAGGAAGCGUAGCCAAUAGAUCAUUUUUUCUGUAUAUAUUUAAAAAAACUGAAAUCAUGGCUUUACACUGACAAUUGAGGAAGCAGUUCCAUGGGAGAUAAUUUCACAUAACAACAACAUGGGGAAGACUAGGGGCGGGGGGUGGGGUGAGGGGAAUUUCAGCAGUAGUGAAUGCUGCAUCGAACCAUGAAAAGAAAAGGUAGCUCUCCAUUAUCACCUUUAUACAAAAUUAACAUACUGUGAAUUCCAGUUGUGAUUUCACGUUCUAGGAUUCUAAUGAGUUUGCACAUUAGACUUUGUAACAAAAUAUUUUAUUAUACUAACAGAUUAGAAGGGAAUGCAGAAUAUUUUUAAGCACAGCCGUGUAUGUUUAUUAUACAAGUUUCAUGGUGAACAGACAGUAUUGUAAUCCCAUCAAAAGAAGACAAAAAUUAGCCAUAGUUCUGAAUGCACUUCAAAGUAAGCCAAAAGAGAACAGCUAGUGACCUUUUUUAUAUACUGUUUAUACUUAAGUUUUAAUUUGUCCUUUAAAAACAAGUGAAACAAAACAAACAAGUUCAAGAAAACUGAAGCAACCUCUUAUGUAUACUAGAUGCUCGUUUCAGGAGGAGUUUUUAAAUGUUUUCAAUGUUAUUAUGUAGUAAAUGGCACUAUUAUAAAGCUAUUAGUCAUUCCAUAAGAGUCUUGAAAGACUGCUCUGUGUACCACUGUGACUGCCGUGUGUGCUUAGAAAUGUAGUUUUCUCAGUGGAUAGCAAUCAAUUUAUUCCGUAGUGAUCUUGUAAUAAUACUGCCAUUCCCUUCUACUGCACUGGCGAAGGAGUGCAUAGCACAAGCAGUUCUAGUUACUAUGGACCAAUUUAGAACUGACGCGCUAUGCGUAGGACAAGGAUGUUACAUAGAUUGGGACGACCACACAGCAUUUUGUCCAGCACUGUGCAAUAUUCCACAUUCCUCCCCCCCGCCCCCCCAGCCCCAUUGUAGACAGUUUCAUCUCAUGGCUAGACAGCAUAUGAUCUCAGAUUAUAGCAUUUCAUCCUGUCAUUUUGGGCAUUACAUUUUAUCUCACAUCUCAUCCUUUGAGACUCCUUAUUUUAAGGACUGUGAAUAUAUUUAUAAUGCUUUGAAGACUUAGUUCUUUUCAGUACCACUAAACACCAAAAAAUGGGGCACAAAUACACCUUUUGGAGGUGUGAUUUAAAAAAUAAAUAAAUAAAACUACAGCCUGAAAUUAUAUUAAACUAAACAGGGGUGUGAGCAAUGGAGUCCAUGCUGAAAAAUAAAUUCCCCAACCCCCUCCAGAUGUUAUUUAUGAGGGAUAAGGUGCAGCCCUACAGAAUUCAGCCCAUGUGUAGAAAACCAACCCAACCCUCAUUAAAUUGGGAAGCACAAAAUGGAUAUGAAUCAAACCGCUAUAGUCUCUCCCCACUCCAAAAUAUCGGAAUAGCAACACCAAUCAUUUUUAGAGUUGUUUCUUUUGACAUGAAACAUGGAAAAGGUACAACUGAGGCAUAUUUUGAGAUAACAUAUGUGAACGCAGGAAGUGUCAAGCUGGAAUAUUUUUUUAAAGGACCAAACCCCACCAGAGAAAGGAACUAGGUUGACAGAGUUGCAGCAAAGAACAGGUAUUCAGCUUCAUGAUAUCCAGCUUUAAGUUGUUCAUUCAAGAAAUUUGCGUGUUCAAAUUUGCAGGUUCAAACUGCCAGAACCGAUUCAGCGUGUUAAGGUAUUCUUAAUGCAUUCUCUUCCUAUACUGCCAGACUGAAUGUCACCAGAGAAUUGGUUUGUAAUGUACUAUGACUCUCAGAGACCGAACCUGCUAUAUGACCAAGAUGACAUUUUCAUCCUCAAAGAAGCCACAUGUACCUUUCUGACAAAGCUGUGUCAAGUAUUAGACUCUGAUGCUGUAGAAAGAUCCUAGUUGCCUUUGUGUAUAUUUACUGCCUGCUUGAGUGUUUCUACACGUGGGUUUUCUCUGUAUCUUGUAGAAAUGUUUGGGGUGUUUUAUCCUGCCAUAUUGCUCGUGACCCACGAGCUGACAACUUUAGCUGUAUUUUACCUUCAUUUUUGAUGAGGUGGUUUAUAUUUUGUUUCACUUUGUGUAGUAAAUCCCCCAGUAGAGCUGUCGUUAAAAUAGCAUACAUACAUAUUCAAUAAAAAUGUUUUAUUUCCUGUU